AUGAUGCUUAUGCCAUGUGGAAAAACAAGAUCGAUUAGAAUCUAUCUAUCUAUCUAUCUAUCUAUCUAUCUAUCUAUCUAUCUAUCUAUCUAUCUCGAAUCACAUAGAACUUUACUCAAUACACUUGAUCUAUAUUUGAUUCCAACAUCUAUCUAUCUAUCUAUCUAUCUAUCUAUCUAUCUAUCUAUCUAUCUAUCUAUCUAUCUAUCUGUCUGUCUGUCUACAAGUGCUGUUAUCUUGCUUUUUUUUCUGUUCGUUCGCAUUCUUCUGCAACAAUUUUUUCCAACCGUUCGUUUUCAUUUCGAGCGUACCUGGUCCAAACACUGUUGUUACUCCAACCGUUCGAUUUGUUUCUCAGUCUUCCUGGUCCAAACAUUGUUGUUCCUCCAACCGUUCGUUUUGUUUCUCAGUCUUCCUGGUCCAAACAUUGUUGUUCAUCCAACCGUUCGUUUUGUUUCUCAGUACUCCUGGUCCAAACACUGUUGUUCCUCGAACCGUUCGUUUUGUUUCUCAGUCUUCGUGGUCCAAACAUUGUUGUUCCUCCAACCGUUCGUUUUGUUUCUCAGUACUCCUGGUCCAAACAUUGUUUGUUCUUCUCCAAACAUUGUUGUUCCUCCAACCGUUCGUUUUGUUUCUCAGUCUUCCUGGUCCAAACAUUGUUGUUCCUCCAACCGUUCGUUUUGUUUCUCAGUCUUUCUGGUCCAAACAUUGUUGUUCCUCCAACCGUUCGUUUUGUUUCUCAGUCUUCCUGGUCCAAACAUUGUUGUUCCUCCAACCGUUCGUUUUGUUUCUCAGUCUUCCUGGUCCAAACAUUGUUGUUCCUCCAACCGUUCGUUUUGUUUCUCAGUCUUCUUGGUCCAAACAUUGUUGUUCCUCCAACCGUUCGUUUUGUUUCUCAGUCUUCCUGGUCCAAACAUUGUUGUUCCUCCAACCGUUCGUUUUGUUUCUCAGACUUCCUGGUCCAAACACUGUUGUUCCUCCAACCGUUCGUUUUGUUUCUCAGUCUUCCUGGUCCAAACAUUGUUGUUCCUCCAACCGUUCGUUUUGUUUCUCAGUCUUCCUGGUCCAAACAUUGUUGUUCCUCGAACCGUUCGUUUUGUUUCUCAGUCUUCCUGGUGCAAACAUUGUUGUUCCUCGAACCGUUCGUUUUGUUUCUCAGUCUUCCUGGUCCAAACACUGUUGUUCCUCCAACCGUUCGUUUUGUUUCUCAGUUUCCUGGUCCAAACAUUGUUGUUCCUCCAACCGUUCGUUUUGUUUCUCAUUCUUCCUGGUCCAAACAUUGUUGUUCCUUCCACCGUUCGUUUUGUUUCUCAGUCUUCCUGGUCCAAACAUUGUUGUUCCUCCAACCGUUCGUUUUGUUUCUCAGUCUUCCUGGUCCAAACAUUGUUGUUCCUCCAACCGUUCGUUUUGUUUCUCAGUCUUCCUGGUCCAAACGUUGUUGUUCCUCCAACCGUUCGUUUUGUUUCUCAGUCUUCCUGGUCCAAACGUUGUUGUUCCUCCAACCGUUCGUUUUGUUUCUCAGUCUUCCUGGUCCAAACACUGUUGUUCCUCCAACCGUUCGUUUUGUUUCUCAGUCUUCCUGGUCCAAACACUGUUGUUCCUCCAACCGUUCGUUUUGUUUCUCAGUCUUCCUGGUCCAAACAUUGUUGUUCCUCCAACCGUUCGUUUUGUUUCUCAGUCUUCCUAGUCCAAACAUUGUUGUUCCUCCAACCGUUCGUUUUGUUUCUCAGUCUUCCUGGUCCAAACAUUGUUGUUCCUCCAACCGUUCGUUUUGUUUCUCAGUCUUCCUGGUCCAAACACUGUUGUUCCUCCAACCGUUCGUUUUGUUUCUCAGUUUCCUGGUCAAAACAUUGUUGUUCCUCCAACCGUUCGUUUUGUUUCUCAUUCUUCCUGGUCCAAACAUUGUUGUUCCUCCAACCGUUCGUUUUGUUUCUCAGUCUUACUGGUCCAAACAUUGUUGUUCCUCCAACCGUUCGUUUUGUUUCUCAGUCUUCCUGGUCCAAACACUGUUUUUCCCUCCAACCGUUCGUUUUGUUUUUCUUCCUGGUCCAAACAUUGUUGUUCCUCGAACCGUUCGUUUUGUUUCUCAGUCUUCCUGGUCCAAACAUUGUUGUUCCUCCAACCGUUCGUUUUGUUUCUCAGUCUUCCUGGUCCAAACAUUGUUGUUCCUCCCACCGUUCGUUUUGUUUCUCAGUCUUCUUGGUCCAAACGUUUUGUUCCUCCAACCGUUCGUUUUGUUUCUCAGUCUUCCUGGUCCAAAAUUGUUGUUCCUCCAACCGUUCGUUUUAUUUUCAGUCUUCCUGGUCCAAACACUGUUGUUCCUCCAACCGUUCGUUUUGUUUCAGUCUUCCUGGUCAAACACUGUUGUUCCUCCAACCGUUCGUUUUGUUUCUCAGUCUUCUUGGUCCAAACACUGUUGUUCCUCCAACCGUUCGUUUUGUUUCUCAGUUUCCUGGUCCAAACAUUGUUGUUCCUCCAACCGUUCGUUUUGUUUCUCAGUCUUCCUGGUCCAAACAUUGUUGUUCCUCCAACCGUUCGUUUUGUUUCUCAGUCUUCCUGGUCCAAACAUUGUUGUUCCUCCAACCGUUCGUUUUGUUUCUCAGUCUUCCUGGUCCAAACACUGUUUUUCCUCCAACCGUUCGUUUUGUUUCUCAGUCUUCCUGGUCCAAACAUUGUUGUUCCUCGAACCGUUCGUUUUGUUUCUCAGUCUUCCUGGUCCAAACAUUGUUGUUCCUCCAACCGUUCGUUUUGUUUCUCAGUCUUCCUGGUCCAAACAUUGUUGUUCCUCCAACCGUUCGUUUUGUUUCUCAGUCUUCCUGGUCCAAACACUGUUGUUCCUCCAACCGUUCGUUUUGUUUCUCAGUCUUCCUGGUCCAAACAUUGUUGUUCCUCCAACCGUUCGUUCUGUUUCUUUUUUACUGCUCUUCUUCUUCUUCUUCUUCUUCUUCUUCUUCUUCUUCUUCUUCUUCUUCUUCUUCUUCCAUUUCUUCAUCGGAAUUUAUUUCUUUCUGUCUUAUAGCUUCUUUCUUUCUGUCUUUCUUUCGUUGUUGGUUCGUUUUCAUUGAUUGUUUCUAUGUUUCUCUUGAUUUCUUUCUUUCUUUUUUGCUUAUAUUUCUCUAA